GUAUUGUCCGGAUCGCGGUGGUGACUUUCGGCCGUCCUCAGGUCCUCCGUCUCAUUUCACUUUGCGUUACCGGCAAAUCACCGUUAAGCUGGCUACGUAAUACGCGUUUGUUACUUGGCCGGAUUUCUUUAUUACGGUAGAUGCUACUGUAAGGACUUGGCACGAAACAGGACAUCCGAGAAAUGCAGCAGCAAUCAGUAAUGGAAGAGGGAACGGCCUACGAGCCACCUACUUACGAUGAGACAUUCCCCGUCCUCCCUGAAUCAUCUAGUUCCAACUCUGGACAAUUAAACAUAUUUUCUAUAAACAACAGCUUACAUCUUGGUCGUAUUACUAUUACACAGAUGUUCCGCGUACCAGGGGAAGAACGCAAGUUUGAUCACAGUGAUAAAUUUGGCGAACGCGAAUCUAUUCGUACAUGUAAGACUAUCAUGAAAGAAACGAAUACUAUUAUUGAAAUUGCGUCAUCCAAGGAUCAGUCCCUAACGUUUCUUAUAACUGGAAAGCAAAAUCAGGUUCUGGAAGCCAAACGGCGCAUCUUGACAACUUUUCAAACUCAGGCAAGUAAGCAGAUUAGUAUCCCCAAGGAUCAUCAUCGUUGGAUUCUUGGAAAGCAAGGGCAGAGACUGAAAGAUCUAGAGCAGAAAACUGCUACGAAGAUUAAUGUACCUGGCGUGCAAGAUCAGUCAGAUAUAAUAACAAUUACGGGUACAAAGGAAGGAAUUGAAAAGGCCGAACACGAAAUUAGAGUUAUUUCCGAUGAACAGUCUAGGAAAGCUUUUGAAAGAAUAAAUGUGCCAAAAAUAUAUCAUCCAUUUAUAUAUGGUGCAUACAACGAAAAUCUCAAUGCUAUGAUGGCAGAAACUGGUGCUCGCAUCAAUAUUCCUCCUGCAUCGGUGCAGCAGGAUGAAAUAACUAUAGCUGGCGAAAAGGAAGGAGUCUUGGCUGCAAAGCAAAAGAUUGAGAUUAUUUACAAGGACAUGGAAAAGAGAUGUACUACGGUGUCUGUAGAAGUUCCCAAAUCUCAACACAAGUAUGUAAUUGGCCCUCGUGGUAGCACCAUAGCAGAAAUAUUACAAACAACUGGAGUAAGCGUAGAAAUGCCUGCACCUGAUUCUGCAACUGGUACCAUAACUCUUAGAGGAUCACAAGAGAAGCUUGGUCAAGCACUUAACAAGGUGUAUGAGAAAGCAAACAGUGUUCGCACUGCUGUGGUGGAAGCUCCGGUAUGGAUACAUAAAUACAUUAUUGGACGCAAAGGUGUAAAUAUCAAGAAAAUUACCCAAGAAAUGCCAAAAGUGAACGUAGAGUUUACGGGAAAAGAAGAUAAAAUCAAGAUAGAGGGUCCACCUGAAGAAGUAGAGAAAGCGCAAAAUGAGUUACAGCUUAUGGCCAAUGAUCUUAUAGCAAAACUUACUUUCACAGAAUUGAAUGUUGAUCCACGAUUUUACAAGCAUAUCAUUGGGAAGAAUGGUUGUAAUGUGAACCGUGUCAAGGAAGGGACGGGUGUAGUGAUUAGUAUCUCUGAAACUGAUGGCAGUAACGUUAUUCGUAUUGAGGGCAAUUUUGCUGGGGUAUUAAAAGCUCAAACGGAACUCGUGGAAAUGGUGAAGAAGUUAGAAAAUGAAAAAGAAAAGGAUGUGAUUAUAGAUCACAGAUACUAUCGCAACAUAAUUGGUAAUAAAGGAGAUAAUAUCAAAGAGAUUAGAGAUAAAUUUAAUCAAGUACAAAUUACUAUUCCUGGACCAGGCGAUAAAGGAGAUAUAGUGAAGAUCAGAGGACCCAAAGAAGACGUUGACAAGUGCCAUAAACAUCUAAUGAAGUUGGUGAAAGAAUUGAACGAAAGUAAUCAUGUAUUGGAAGUACCUAUUUUUAAACAGUUUCACAAGUUUGUUAUUGGAAAAGGCGGUGUUAAUAUUCGUAAGAUUAGGGAAGAGACCCAAACAAAAAUCGAUUUGCCUGCAGAAGGAGAGAAGAGUGAUGUUAUAACAAUCACCGGAAAAAAGGAAAACGUGGAAAAAGCUAAAGAAAUGAUACAAAAGAUUCAGAAUGAACUGGCUAACAUCGUCACUGAAGAGAUCACUAUUCCACCCAAGUUUUACAAUUCUCUUAUUGGCACGGGAGGUAAACUGAUACAUUCUAUUAUGGAAGAUUGUGGCGGCGUCACAAUCAAAUUCCCUACAGCAGAAAGUAAAAGCGAUAAGGUCAGUAUCAGAGGUCCAAAGGACGAUGUAGAGAAAGCAAAAGCGCAGCUUUUAGAACUAAGCAAUGAAAAGCAACUGUCCAGUUUCUCGGCUGAAGUGCGUGCCAAAGUUCAACAUCAUAAAUUCCUUAUUGGAAAGAAUGGUGCCAAUAUCAAGAAGAUUAGAGAAUCCACAGGUGCACGAAUUAUGUUCCCGACGGAAGAAGAUCAAGAUAAGGAAGUGAUUACGAUUCUGGGCAAAAAAGAAGCGGUUGAAAAAGCUAAAGCCGAUUUAGAAGCUACGAUUAAAGAGAUAGAUAAUAUUAUCGAAGGUGAAAUUCGCAUCGAUCCUAAGCAUCACAGACAUUUCGUAGCGCGAAGAGGCGGUGUACUGCACCGAAUUGCCGACGAAUGUGGCGGUGUGCAGAUUUCAUUUCCACGGGCAGGCGUCGAUAGCGAUCGCGUUAGUCUGAAGGGCUCGCACGAAUGCAUAGAAGCGGCAAAACAACGAAUGCGAGAAAUCGUUCAGGAAUUGGAAUCUAUGGUAACAGUGGAAUGUGUAAUACCUCAAAAACACCAUCGCACGGUGAUGGGUGCAAAGGGUCGCAAAGUGCAAAACAUAACAUCCGAGUAUGACGUGCAAAUCAAAUUCCCCGACCGCGAUGUGUACGAUGAACAUAAAGUACCGGAACAAGUUAAUGGUGAAAAUAGAGAAGGUGGGGAAACUAUCCCAGCUUGCGAUAUAAUUCGUAUUACCGGACAACCUGAGAACGUUGCUGCUGCUAAGCAAGCUUUACUCGAUCUUGUCCCUAUUACGAUUCAAGUUGAUGUACCGUUUGAUUUCCAUCGCUCGAUAAUCGGGCAGAAAGGUAAAGAUGUGCGUGAAUUAAUGAAUACAUAUGACGUACACAUCAUGCUUUCUCCAGCGGAGGAAAAACUGGAUUAUAUCAAAAUUUCUGGAACGCCAUCCUGCGUUCAAAGCGCCAAGGAAGCUAUCCUUGAAAAAUGUGAGGCUCUGAAAGCCGAACGAGAAGAUCGUGCAUUAAAAUCCUUCGAGUUGAAACUUGAAGUUGAUCCGGAAUAUCAUCCAAAAAUUAUUGGACGAAAGGGAGCAGUGAUUAGUAAAAUACGUAGUGAUCACGACGUUCAAAUUAAUUUCCCGCGCAAGGGUGAUCCCGAGGAACAUGUUAUUACAAUAACGGGAUAUGAGAAGAACGCGUACAGUGCGCGAGACGAUAUCAUGAAAAUCGUCAACGAAUUGAAUGGUUUGAAGAAAGAGGAAGUGCAGAUAAACGCUGCAGUCCAUUCGCGUUUGAUUGGUGCAAAGGGUCGAAAUAUUCGUAAGAUAAUGGAUGAAUUUAAAGUCGACAUAAAGUUUCCAAGAAAAACCGACGCCGACCCUAAUAUUGUAACGAUCGUGGGAGCAGAAGAGAACGUAGGUGAUGCAAAGGAGCGUCUAUUGAACUUAGAGGAGGAAUACAUGCAAGACGUGAUAGAGAACGAAUAUCGUGAAAGUUUGCGCUCACCUCAACGCGACGACGGUAGCAGCGUCGGUGGCAGUGAGAACGAUACCGGCUUCAUCGUGAAGGGAGGACCAUGGGAGCAGCAGCAGCCUCAGAGCGCACCGAACACAGCCAGCGUAGAAGAGUUCCCACAGUUCGCCGGUUACUCUCACGUACCCGUUGCAGCUCCGGACGGCCCUUGGGGAAUUAAGCGUUAAAAAGUAAAUCCAAAAAAAUUCACGCUAAAAAAACAAUUGAUGGAACCUAAUAAGCUUAUGAUGUAAGGUAACUUUCCUCUGACAAACGGUAUGUAAAACAUAUGAGCAAACGUAUGUUACACAACACAUGCACAGAUACACACACAUACACACACGUAUACGUACAAUUACACGAAACGUCACACACGCAUAUGCACUUGUGUUGGGUGGUUCCCUGUUCCAUUACUGACGUUGUUGCUGCAUACGACCUGGCCAUUCUAUUGGACUCUGACACUGGUUUGCUACACACAACGUUCGACGACGAUGUUUAUAUUUACAAUUCAUAAUACCGAUGUCCUAUGUAUCUGUAACUGUAAUGCAUGUUGUCCUGAGUCCGUUGCCAUGUCACUCGGUCCAGACGGAUGUACACACGUACGUCGUGCACGAUUUAAUCUCGUGGCUUUUAUUUUUAAUGAUAUGCUUUCCAGGUACAGAUAUGUUGUACUUAAGACUGUGGCUUCGUGGGAAAUAAUCAGGUCAGCAUUUCGCGGGAAAGGACCGAGUCCACAGAAAUUGCCAAGUAAAACAAUUGUUCUUCUGUAUUUUCUAUUCUACAGAGAUACAAAUUGUAUUCAUAGACAAUUUGUAUUCUAUGAUAAAGAAAAAGAACCCAUUUUUGUGUACAUUAGUCCUUUCUUGUAAAAUCUGGCCGAUUUAUUCGUGUAUUAUAUUAUUUUCACUGAUAAUCUUUGUACCGCGUAUAGGUUGCUAACAGCCAUACGUUUUUCGUUGACCUUAGCAUAAUAAUUUUGUUAAUUUAUUUAUAUCUUUUUUGUACAUACAUCACAUUUUCUCGUUGUUUUGUGCCACUUAAGUGAAGUGGUUUCUAAAACUACAUCACAAUUGUUGAAAUUUGUAUUGUAAAAUUUUCACGAAUCAAAAAAGAGGAAACGUAGAGGCUUUCUAAGAAAAAGUUUGUUCCCUAGGGAUUAUGCAAUUUUUUAUUACAUUCGUUACUACAAACUCAACUUACGUCUCCGUGAUUUACGACGUAAAUGAGAGAUUUGUCUGAAUGAUGCUUUGAACGCAUACUUAUCAAUAACUGUAAGAUCUAAACAAGAGAUUUCCUAUCGGAGAUUAAAAUCGAUAUAAUCUUCGUGAAUGAAAUUUUUGAUGAUCUAUAGAAACAGGAAAAUGUGUUUUAUGCCAUUCGUCGCGUUUGAAUUGUUCUCAGUAAAUAGAGAUCAUUUUCUUGUAUCUGUAACAUCAAAAUAUGAAUUGUGCUAUUUUUAAUCAUCGUAAGCAAUAUAUCAAUGUUGUAUGUUCAAGGAACACGAUAUUUAGAAGGCCUUGAUCCCGCGCCGCUUACUCAUUAAGAUAUACAUACGUGAAAUUGGCACUCUGCAGAGAAUGGUCAAAUUAAAUUUGUUAAAUAACGUUAUGAGUAGUGAACGAUACACGAAUUCCUUUCGAUAGCCGGCUUUAUUUAUUUCUUCUACUUUACCAUUUUGUACACCGUUUGAUGUGCAAGUCUUUGCAUUCUACUAUUUAUGAGGCCAACUAGCUAAGAAAAGGAUAUUCAGUUCAAGUGCCUUGUCUAUUUUCUUCGAGACAGCUCAUUUCAAUUGUUGGAGGAAUGUGAAUAAUAGAUUAUACAUAUAAAUAAAAAAAUACAAUAUAUACAAAUAUUGUAUUUAUCCGGGGUAUCUGAAAAUUACUGGAUGAUACUCUUGGAGAAGAUUCACUCACUCAAUAUUAAAUAUUGCUUAGCAGCUAAUAGUUACGAAUUGAGAUUCUUUUAUAGCAUCACUUUGAAUGUCUAAAAUUUGCGACAAAUCAAGUUUUAACGAUUCAUUUUGAAAUUACCAAUGCUUCGCUAUUUUCGAUAAAUAAAAUAUUGAACGAUAUAUUUUAUCUGUCUAUAAAAAGUAUCAUCUGGUAAUUUUAGGACAGCCUGUAUAUAUACACAUCACAUGUAAACACAUAUAUGGAUAUUGAUAAUAAUUAUUCUAUACAAUAUGUAAUAUGUAAUAGAAGAGAGAAAGAGGUAAUAGGUACCAAUGUCGGUACAUUGAUACACUACUAUUAUGUGAAUGAAAUGAUAGGAUUAUCAUGUAUACAGAAAUUCACUUAUAUUUUUUAGAUUUACAGUAAUUUUUAUAAAUCUACUUGGUACGGCGACCUAUGUGUCAUCUCCAGUGCAUGGUAAAUAUAAGGAAAAGCCAGAAUUAGUAAAUUUUAAUAUGCUUAGUUUUGGCUAAGAAUUUCAUAGAUGCUGUGCAUGAAUAUAAUUUUCUAAUGAGUUAUAAUAAAAUAUAUUGUAAUUACAUGAAACAAUAUUCUCUGUACACAUAUAAGUAAAUAACGUUAUAACACAUG